ACUUCGUCUCGAAACUAGGACUGUAAAAAAAAGAAGAAAAACAACAACAAAAAAAGCAAAGAGAUCCGACUUCGCUUCAAUCUCAACACUGACGAGAAACAUGAAAGCAAUAAGCCCCGUGCGGUCCUUCCGGAAAAGCAGCGGCGCGAAUUACUCGGAGCACUCGCUGGGAAUCUCUCGGAGCAAGACCCCGGUGGAUGACCCGCUCAGCCUGCUCUACAACAUGAACGACUGCUACUCCAAGCUGAAGGAGCUGGUGCCCAGCAUCCCGCAGAACAAGAACGUCAGCAAGAUGGAAAUCCUGCAGCAUGUCAUCGACUACAUCCUGGACCUGCAGAUCGCGCUGGACUCUAGUGUCGCACUCACCAGCCUGCAUCACCCUGCGCGGCCGGGGCAGGCGGCGUCCAGGAGCCCGCUGACCACCCUCAACACAGACAUCAGCAUCCUGUCAUUACAGUCCCCGGAGUUGCCGUCAGAGCUGAGGACAGAUGACAGCCGGACUCUGCAUCGUUAAAGCGGUGUUUGGUCAGGACGCACGAGGAAAAAAAGAAAAAAAGAAAAAACGCAGGACCUGGGGAGCAGGACUUUCUCACCCCCCCCUCUGCCCCCCUCCUCCUCUUCUGUCCUCUGUCCUCCAGCCCUGGAUUUUUUUUAUUUUUUUUUUUGACGUUGAAAUCAAGAGACUUUUUUUUCCGCUUAUUAUGGGACAAUCUUUUAUGUGAUGUGCUUUUGUUUCUGGACACUUCAUCAUUUAUUUAACUUAAGACUUUAUUUGUGGGUCCUUUCUGGAAAUGGAAGGCGCGUUUAUAUUCCCGUCAGUGGGAGGAAAAACAAGAUUAUUGUCACAAGGAUUAUUCCCCCCCCUCCUGUCCUGUCCUUUCGCCCACCCCCCAUCCCCAUAUCACCCCCCUCUAUCUGUCCCCCUCUCCUUGUUGAAGUCUUCGCUUUUUUUGCGGAGGUGGGAACGUGACUAGAAAAGACAAUUUGGUUAGUUGCUGUAAAAAGAGAAGAGAAAAAAAAAAAGAAGUUUAGUCUUGUCUUGUCAGGAGUGUUUGGCACAUGAAGGACUGGACGCUGUUUAAAAAAAAAAAAACGAGUUAAAAUGAAAAGAAUGAAACCUUGUCAACUCUCGUCGGGGGGGAGUUUAUCUUGUAUAGUUGCAGGAAUUUGAAACUUCUGCAAAAGUGUAAUGUUGUACUUAAUAAUGCUGAGACUUUUUAUAAAAGUAAUGUAAAUUGUACCUUUUUUAUACAAAAAUAAAUCAAAAACACAA